ACAGCUACUCACUGCACUGUUUCUAAGAGCGCAGCGACGCACCAUGACACUCCACUGGACUUAAGCAAUAAGGAUUUCCGUCUUCUCACAGCAAAGUCGCCGCUACAUACUACAGGAGAAAAAAAAAGUUUGCCAAAAGUUUCUACUUGUUUUCCAAGAUGCCACGCUCGUUUCUGGUCAAGAAACACAUAAACUCCGCAAAGAAGCCAAAUUAUAGCGAGCUGGAGAGCCCAACAGUGUUCUUCACGCCGCACAUCUACAGGGGCCUCCCUCUGCCUGUCAUCCCGCAGCCGGAGAUCCUGAGCCCGGCAGCCUACAGCCCCAUCACAGUGUGGACUACCAGCAACUUGCCGCUGUCUCCGCUCCCCAGUGACCUCUCCCCCAUCUCCGGAUACCCCUCAUCGCUCUCCGACACCUCCUCUAAAGACCACAGCGGCUCCGAGAGCCCGAGGAGUGAUGAAGACGAGCAGAUGCUGCCCAAACUGACAGACCCUCACGGAGUGGAGGCAGAGAAAUUCCAAUGUAGUUUGUGUAGCAAGUCCUACUCCACGUACUCUGGACUGCUCAAGCAUAAACAGCUGCACUGCGACGCCCAAACGAGGAAAUCCUUCAGUUGUAAAUACUGCGAGAAGGAGUAUGUGAGCCUGGGAGCUCUCAAAAUGCACAUCAGGACUCACACUUUGCCUUGUGUUUGCAAAAUAUGCGGGAAAGCUUUCUCCAGACCGUGGCUGCUCCAAGGACACAUCAGGACGCACACCGGAGAGAAGCCGUUCUCCUGCCCUCACUGCAACAGGGCUUUCGCAGACAGGUCCAAUCUCAGGGCUCACCUACAGACCCAUUCGGAUGUGAAAAAAUACCAAUGCAAGAACUGCUCCAAAACCUUCUCCAGGAUGUCUCUUCUGCACAAGCAUGAGGAAUCUGGUUGUUGUGUAGCACACUGAACUGGGAUACUUUUCCACCAGCAGCAAAAGAGAAAAAAAAUCCUCUUUAUUUUUCCAGGAGAACUGUCAGGGAAUCACAUCGAAGGGGGUUUGUUCCCAAACAUGCAGACUUUUUGUUUUUUUCUACGAGCGGUCCAUUUCAUUUCAGAGUGAGAAAUAGCUCACGUGCUUCUGUGACUGAGCUUUGUCAUGCCAUGUACUCACCUACCUGUGCUAUUCAUGCACUUUCCUGCAUGUCUAGAAUGUUUUGUAAAUGUUAUCUUCAGUGUUUUGUACCAGUGUCUAUCAUUGGCUGUUAUGCAGUCCUCCACUUUUUUUAUACACACCACACAAACAAUACCAAAAGGCGCAUUAUGAAUGACAGUACACAUGUAACCAAAGGAAUACUGAAGCCAUUGUUACUUAGGGAACAAGUGCAAACUUAGUGUUUUAGGGUGAAAUUAUUAUAACUUUUGCACAGUCAUUAGAAACAGUUUGCCAGCACUCAAAUAGCAAAACAAAUUCUCUCAAGUGCCUCAGUUUUACUUGGCAAUAAUAUGUAUUAUUCAACAGUGUCCUGUUAUAUUUUUAUAUAUUGAAUGUAAGCGUGACUGAGAUGAUUGUAUAUCAACAGUGAAAACUGUGAUGCUGAAUGAUUUUGAUAUUUUCAUAUCCUCAUGACACUUUUAGAAAUAAAGUUUCAUGACAUUUUGUAUAA